GAGUGACCAAUGAGGGAGGCUCUGCCCUUCGGAGACGAAGCAUUCGACUUGUGCGCGUCCCUGCCCUUCAAGUCGAAGCGCCGGAGCCCCAACUUUGCCGGCUCCCACCUUAACUCCCACCCCCCCCCCCCCCUCCUCCCCACUCUCCACGCCCGGCCUUCCAAACUCCCCCCCCCCCCCCGCGGGAAAAAGAAAACAACAAAACCCAACAAAACCCACAACCAAAAAAAAAACCCACCCCAACAACCCACCCCACGACGCCGAGGAGGAGGAGGAGGAGGAGGGGGGAUGAAGGAAAAGAGCGGCGCAAAAAAGCGCCGGGAGUAGCCCGCCCUCCCCCUUCCACACACCCCGCACACCGCCCUCCCCUUCCUCCCCUCCCUCAGUGAACGAGGCCCCUCGCACAACGGCUCCUUGGAGAGGAAGGGGGGGGGGAAGAGGAUAAAAAAAAAAAAAAAGGCGGAAAAGAAGAAGAAAAAAAAAAGGAGAGGGGAAAAAAAAAAAAGGAAAAAAAAAAAAAAAAGAAAAGAAAUUAAAUUAAAUCACCGCCGCCUCUCCAGCGGUGCCGCGGCGGGUAAGGGGAGCGGCGGUGGCUGGGCAGAGAGGAGGCAGAGCGCGGGGGGCGAGCCGGGGAGCGCCGCGCUCUCCCUCCCAAACUUUGAUGAUGACCAUGACUACGAUGGCUGACGGGCUGGACGCGCAAGACUCCUCCAAAUCCGCCUUCAUGGAGUUCGGGCAGCAGCAGCCGCCACCGCCGCAGCCACCGCCGCCGCCGCCGCCCCACUCGCAGCAGAGCUCGCCGGCCAUGGCCGGCGCCCACUACCCGCUGCACUGCCUGCACUCCGCCGCCGGCUCCCACCCGCACCACCAGCACCACCAUCACAGCUCGCCCUACUCCGGCUCCGCCGGCUCCUACAACCACCGCUCGCUGGCCGCCUACCCCUACGUGAGCCACUCGCAGCACAGCCCUUACCUCCAGUCCUACCACAGCAGCAGCGCGGCCAGCCAGACGCGGGCGGACGAUGCAGAUCAGCAAAAAACCACAGUGAUUGAAAACGGUGAAAUCAGAUUCAAUGGAAAAGGGAAAAAGAUUCGGAAGCCUCGAACCAUUUACUCUAGUCUACAACUCCAGGCUUUAAAUCAUCGCUUUCAGCAGACUCAAUACCUGGCACUUCCAGAGAGAGCUGAGCUGGCAGCUUCAUUAGGACUUACCCAGACACAGGUGAAGAUCUGGUUUCAGAACAAGCGCUCCAAAUUCAAGAAGCUGCUGAAGCAGGGCAGCAACCCCCAUGAGAGUGACCCUCUGCCCGGCUCCGCUGCCCUCUCCCCUCGCUCUCCGGCUCUGCCUCCAGUCUGGGACGUUUCAGCUUCUGCCAAGGGAGUCAAUAUGCCUCCCAACAGCUACAUGCCUGGCUAUUCUCACUGGUAUUCUUCUCCACAUCAAGACACAAUGCAGAGACCACAAAUGAUGUGAAUUGUCCAAGAGAAACACUCUCCCAAGAACGCCUCGUCUCGACAUGGCAAAAAAGUUCCCCUGCUUUGCCAAGCCGUGCCAGCUACCAGGCUCUGUGUGAACUUGUAGAUGCGGCAAAGAGACAGAGUGGCUUUAUUUGAUUUUAUUUUGGUUCUUUUUUUCCUUUUCUUUCUUUCUUUUUCUUUUUUUUUUUUUUUUAAAGUAACCUCAGCGAUUGAUCUUGAACAGAAAGACACAAUUUUCAUUCUGGCGCACAGAAGACACUUCUCUUUAGGAUAUUUUCCCUCGGACUCCAAGGCACCAGCCUCUUUCUCUGUGGAGUAUACGUCAAAACAACCUUUUUUUUUUUUUUUGGCAGACUUUGCCCACAAGAAGAACCUGAACCUACCAUGGCAGCCGUUUUUACUUGUUUAACGAGCUAAAGACAUUACAUGAUGAAAGAGAGACUAGUCAAAGCUCCUUCAUUUUUUAUUUACCAAAUCGGGACUGGGGAAAGAAAAAAAAAUUAAAGUAAUAAUAAAAGAGAGAAGAAGGGAUUGGAAAAAAAAAAACAGUUAUAGUAAAAAAAAAUAAUAAAGAGGGGGGAAAAAAAUGGAGAACUGGAUGAAAACAAAUGAAAACACACUGUAAGAUUAGAACAUUACCCCGAAGCAAAUCCUGCAUGCUUUCUCAAAACGCAAUGGGCUGCGGCUCAAGAAGAAGAAACCACCAUCCGCCCAGCCAAGAGCCCCGCAGACACCCGCACACAGCCGGACCUACUCCCGGAGACGAGCAGGAAAGACAGAGCGACGGACCCGCGCAUCACCCGCAGCCGCGGGCUGGGGAAGGGAGGUUCGGCGCUGCCUGACCGCAGUCUCACACCCCCCCACCCCCCACCACCCUCCCCAACACCCCCCCCCACCCCCGAGCAAGAGGGACCUUUCCCCCCGAGCAACCUUUCUGUAUAUAUUGUUGAAUUUUAGUUGUACAUAUACUUUGUAUGGUUUUGUCUCCUUUCAUAUAUAGAGUAAAAGCCACAAAACGCC